GCUAGAGACAGCGUGCUUCGCGCCGAGCGCGUGAGCCAACCGUUUCGCGGGCGAGCGGGACCCGGUAACGGGCAACGGACCGAAAACCAUGUCGGGCGCUUAAGUGCGCGCGAUCCUUGCGUCUCCGGUAAAAGCGGCGGCGGCGGCGGCAACUGCCAUGGCCGAGCCGGAGCGGAAACCCUGCACGCGGGCGCCGGUUCGGGUCGGAUUCUACGACAUUGAGCGCACUUUGGGGAAAGGCAACUUCGCAGUGGUGAAGCUGGCGAGACACCGGAUCACCAAGUCGGAGGUGGCCAUAAAGAUUAUAGAUAAGUCGGAACUGGAUGCUGCAAACCUGGAAAAGAUCUACAGGGAAGUGGAGAUCAUGAAGCUGCUGGACCAUCCCCACAUCAUCAAGCUUUACCAGGUCAUGGAGACCAAGAACAUGCUCUACCUGGUCACUGAGUAUGCCAAAAAUGGUGAAAUCUUUGAUUACCUGGCCAGCCAUGGGAGGUUGAGUGAGGCAGAAGCACGGAGAAAGUUCUGGCAGAUCCUGUCAGCCGUGGAGUACUGCCAUGAGCGCAGCAUCGUGCACAGAGACCUGAAAGCUGAGAACCUGCUGCUCGACACAAACAUGAACAUCAAGAUUGCAGACUUUGGCUUUGGAAACUUCUUCCAGCCAGGGCAGCCUUUAGCCACAUGGUGUGGCAGCCCACCGUACGCAGCUCCUGAAGUGUUUGAAGGGCAGAAAUAUGAAGGGCCACAGCUGGACAUUUGGAGUAUGGGGGUGGUCUUAUAUGUGCUGGUGUGUGGCGCAUUACCAUUUGAUGGUCCCAGCUUGCCUGUUUUGAGACAGAGGGUCCUUGAAGGACGUUUCCGCAUCCCAUACUUCAUGUCUGAGGACUGUGAACACCUGAUUCGGAGGAUGCUGGUCCUUGACCCAGCCAAGAGGCUGGCGCUGAACCAGAUUCGGCAGCACCGCUGGAUGGUGCAGGAGUUACCAUCACCAAAACCCCAGCUCAACCGGCAGGCUGUGGGAGAGCAUAGCGAGCAGGUCCUUCGUCUCAUGCACAACCUUGGCAUCGACCAGCACAAGACUGUAGAGUCCCUCCAGAACAAAAGCUACAAUCAUUUUGCUGCUAUCUACUUCCUGCUGGUGGAGCGGCUCAAGGCCCACAGAAGCAGUUUCCCUGUGGAGCAGCGCCUCAACGGCGCUCAGCGCCGGCCAAGCACUGUGGCUGAGCAAACUGUCCUCAAGGCUUCUGCUCCAGCUCUGCAAGCCACACACCACCUGCGUUCACCCAUUCUUCUGCAGACCUCCACUGAGACUUUCAGCUUCACACAAAGCACUGGUUCCCCGGAGCAGGCCCUUAUGGAGGCAGAGGAGGUGGCCACUCCCAAGGUGGAUGGCUGUCUGCUGGAGCCACUGCCCCCUGUCGUGCUGCGUAACGCCAGCGGUUCAUUUCAAGCCAGCGUCACAGAGUCAUCCAUAGAUGAAGGAAUUGAGGCAGAAGAUGAACAGAGCAUGCACUUAAACCAGUGCAGACAAACACUGUCCGAGGGCACGAGCCAACUGGGCUCAGUGUCUGCCUCAGGAAAGCUGCUCUCCAUGGCUUUAAACCCGUCCCUGGGCAGCAUGGACUCGGAAUAUGAUUUGGGCUCCAUGCAAAGUGACCUCAGUCUUGCCGAGGACCCCCCACCACCCUCCCAUGGGGGCGCGCCAUCAGCAGCACAUGCCAGUCAAACAGACCCCGCCUUAACCUGCUUGAAACCAUCUACUCCCAGUCCUCAGGACCUGAGCCCAGAGGACCGCAAGGCUCACAAUCAUUCAUCGGUCAGCUUUCGUGAAGGACGCCGAGCAUCAGACACUUCCCUCACACAAGGCCUGGUAGUGUUUCGGCAGCAUCUGCAAAAUCUUGCCCGUACCAAAGGAAUCCUGGAGUUGAACAAAGCCCAAGUGGUGCUGGGAUCGGGAGACAGAGACACCAGCUUUCAGCCUAAAAACCUGGAGCUUCAACAGCAGGGAGAAGCACAUCAGUGUCGUGGUGGAAAGGACACAGCAGUGUUCUCAACUAAAAUGCACCCCUAUCUGCUGUCUAGACGACAGUCACUGGAGACCCAGUGUCUUGCUCAAAGGCUGCAGAGGGCUAAUCUGCUGGCCAGUGGUGCAGGCAGUGGGCAAAUGUUCUGUAAGGAUUCUUCACCUCGUACACUCGAGCAGCAACUACAGGAAUACAGACUCCAUCAGAAGAGGCUCCAUCUACAAAAGCAGUCCCAUCUGCAGGCUUACUUCCAUCAGACUCAGCUGGCAGAGGACCGGUACCCACUCGUGCAGGAUCACGCCGAUACCUCUCUCGCCAGCCCAACAUUUUCGCGUACACCUCAGACCCUUAGCCCUCUCCUGGAGCCUGGCAUCCCCUACCCGGAGAUGCAUCCUAUACCCUCAGACGGUGAGACCAUGGAGGCUCAACAACAAGGAGGAUGUGUCCUGGUCAAGUGAAGCACUUUCCUAUUCAGUCAAGUAAAACUGGGGCAGGAUCUCAGACAAAAAGAACAGAGGGGAGAACAGCACCAAGCUCUCACCCAUAGACACAUAACUAGACACCCCAUUGUGAUCCCAAUCCCAGAGUAUGGACUAUGAUGGACUUGUUUUGUCAACUGUAUGAGUGGUAUUUCUCUGUGAAACUAGCUAGAAAAGCACAAUAGAAACAUAACAUUCUAGCAAAGAUUCAGAUUUGUGUCGGUAUAAAAGCAAUAGUUCUCUAUGAAAACACAAAUUACAGUUAUUUCAUUCUGACGACAUUCUAUUGGGACAGUCAUCUCCAGUCCUACAGCGAUAAUAUUUGGUUCUACUUCAAGACUUGUUGUAGUUUCAUCACAACAGGUUCCAACAUCAAACUGAAACAGACGUAGUAAAGCCGCAAGCUUUUAAGACUCUCAGAACAGCAGGGAGAUCCUAGUUGUCUCUCAGUUAAAAAGGAUGGAUGGAUAGUAAACAGCAAGGCACAAUAGGUAAAAUUUCACAUUUUAUUGUUGCCCGUUCAACUAAAAUGGGGGCGUUUUAUUUUUUCGACUCCAUUUGCUGUGCUCUAUCCGAAGUGCCUUUCUGUGGCAUCGGAAGCCUGUUUGGAUAAAAGUUUAAGCAGGUCAUUAGGUACUUUUAUAAAAUGAAAUGUUCUUGUCAUAUCAAGCGAUGUUUAAUGACUCCAAAUGACUAUCAAAAACCAACAAUAUGGGUAGGUCUCUUUCAU